AUGUUGUCCCUUUGUAAAGAAAACCCGAUCAUCGCUUUGGGCUGCUCAACUGCUCAACUGCUCCGUUCAACUGCUCAACUGCUCUGCUCAACUGCUCCGUUCAACUGCUCGACUGCUCCGUUCAACUGCUCUGCUCAACUGCUCCGUUCAACUGCUCAACUGCUCCGCUCAACGGCUCCGUUCAACUGCUCCGUUCAAGGCUCCCAGCUCCAACAUCAUUCAGAACAGAUCGAACUUCUUAUUCCAAGUUAG